AUGGAGGAGGUAAUGGACCUGACAGUUCGCCUCAACAACCUCGGAAGAGGGCUAGACGCGCAGCGCAUGCCUCCUCCCAGGAUGAAGAAGACUCAAAAUCUACAAGGUCCGGUUACAAGCACUAGCACGCCUGACGAGCCCAUGAGCUACGUUGUCGUGGCAGGAAAGAAUGGGCCUGAGAUAGUGCCGCAGGAUGAGGCUGGCGUCAAAUCGUACUUUGACGAAAUAGACACUACCCCGGCGAGGCCGACGCUUCGGGAUCGGGUUUCGUCCAUCGCGGGAUAG